ACACCUGCCCGAAGUUUCGGAGAAUAGGGCGUAAACAGCAACCAGCGCCGCCCUCGCCCUCAGUAGACUCUGCGGGGCCCCACGGUCUGCGGAUCACAGUGGGUCCUACAACUUCCUCACUUCCCUAAAUGGGCAACUGCGCUUUCAGAACGCCAGGUCCUUCCCUGGCAGACCUAAGUGGCACGUCCUGCAGCGGCCUGGGGCCCUAACCCUGGAGCUGGGGGUGUCCCUGGCCCCCUAUUGGCCUGUGACUGUCCCCAACUGGAUGGAGCCAUGGCUCCCGCAUUCCUGCUGCUGCUGCUGCUGCUACUGUGGCUCCAGGGCCCUGUCUCAGGUGUCCCUGCCGAGAACGUGUACACUAAAGUGCAGCACCUUGAAGGGGAGACUCUGUCUGUGCAGUGCUCCUACAAGAGCCGCAAAAACCACGUGGAGGGCAAGGUAUGGUGCAAAAUCAGGAGGAAGAAGUGCGAGCCUGGAUUCACCAGGGUCUGGACGCAGGGGCCACGCUACCUGCUGCAGGAUGACGCCAAGGCCAAGGUAGUCAAGAUCACCAUGGCGGCCCUCAGGCGCCAGGACUCGGGCCGGUACUGGUGCAUGCGCAACAGCUCGGGGACCCUGUACCCUCUGACGGGCUUCCUUCUGGAGGUGUCUCCAGCCUCCGCCAUCAGGAGAAGCACUCCUCUUCCACAGCUGGCCAGUAUCCUCCAGAGUGGAAUUGUCGUCACCGAGGGCCCAGCCCCCACCUCAGGCCCCGAUGCCCCUUUCACCACCAGUGUGACAGUGCUCACACCUGGUCUCUUCACCAUGACCAGACUCGUGCCCUCCGCUGCCUCAGGGUCCAUCAGACUGACCUCCAUGACAGGCUACAGCUUCACCAGCGCUGGCUCCUCUACCAUGGGGCCCGGGAGGACCAUGGGGUCCCAGACCGUGACCGUGCCCCCCAGCGAUGCCGGAGCCUCCUCUGCCGGCCCAGUGUCUGUGUCUACCGGGGCUGGGCCCCCGCGUGCCAGAUCACCCACCACGGGAACGUGCCAUACCAGUGGGUCUCUCAUCAACAAAUUUUCCCCUGACAGGCACCAGGAUUCAUAUCCCAUUGUGCUCCUGGGGGUGCUGACCUUCCUUCCAGUGCCUGUGAUGUUGAUCGUGGUCUAUGGGUUCUGGAAGAAGAGACACAUGGGGAGCUACAGGGUGUGCGACAAUCCUGCUAGAGCCUGCAGGGACCCACUUGGAAGCCCGGAGCCUCCGUGGAAGCCUGCUUGGUCCGAGGCCACUUAACUAUGGAGUAGGAAAGC